GCACUGCCUGCUGUGUGGUGCUGGUGCCAGUGCCCAUGCUGGUGCUGGUACCCACUCCUGGUGCCCAGUGCCUGGUGCUGGUUUGGUGCCUCGGUACUGAUGGCCUUGCCUGGUGCCCAAUGCCCCUGUCCAGUGCCAAGUGUCCCUGUCCAGCUGUGGUCCCAGUGGCCCCUGAGCAGUGUCCAUGUCCACUGCCAAGCCCCCAGUUCCAGUGCCCAUUGUGCAGUGCCCAGUUCCCCGCUGGGCUGGGGGGUUGGUGUUGGGGCUGGGCAGUGGGCGGGUGCUGGCUCUGGGGCGUUCCUGCCCCGCUGUCCCGGGGCCGGUCCGUCUGUCUGUCUGUGGGGCCGGUCCGUCUGUCUGUCGGUGGCUCGGGGCGGCGCCGCUCGGGGCGGUCCGUGCAGGAGGAAGCGCGGCCGGGGCAGAGCGGCCCCGCGGCGGCCGGAGCCGCGCUCGGGGUGGGCAGUGCCAGGCAGGCCUCGUGUCUGACAAGGGGCAGGGAGAUGGAUCGGGGAGUCACCGUGGAGAACCCCUAUGCCAGCGUCAACAUCCCGCGGGAGCAGUUCCAGCAGAGCUUCAUCACUCGCUACCUGAGAGACGAGCCCACCAUCAUUGCCAACCCUGCGGCCGUGCCCUCCUACGGCACCGAGGGGCACACAGAGCUUGCCAACGGCUGGAACAGCCCCACCAUCUCCACAGACAAGUCCUGGUCCCGUCCCUACAACCCCUACGCCAGCCUGAGGGUGCCCAAUGGGGACUCAUCUGCCUCCUUCUACACUGUGACCCUGGACAAGCCACCCAAGGGCCAGGAGCAGGGGGCUGGCAGGAGAUGUGGCUGCUGCAGGUGGUGCUCCUGCUGCCCCAAGUGCUGCUGUGUCAUCUCCUAAGGGCUCUCCCUGCACACACGGGACGUGUGACCAUGGGAUGGGGCCAGGUGACCCCACAGGGACAUGGUGCUGGCCUGGGCACCCCUGGCAGAGCUGGCACUGGCAGGACUGACAUUGCUUUUUACCUGUGAACUCUGCAGCCAGAUGUGCUGAUGAUGGGCUCAGGAGCCCUGAGGACAAUGUGUGCCAGGACAGGGGCCACCAAGAAGUGACAUCACUGGAGAUGGGGCAGCACUCAUCUCAUCACUGGAGAUGAGCCUGGGAUCCUGCACAGAGCCCCUGCCAGUGCCCCUGUGCUGGGAACCUCCACCCUGGGAAGGGCUGGGCAGUGCCCACCUGCUCAUGGCUGGCUUUGGAUGCUGCAGCCCUGUGUGCAUGGAAGAGGAGGACAUCAUCGUCACUGUCUUGGAGCAGGGGAGAGGAGCCAGGGACAAGCCUCCAGCUGGCACAGGGACCCACCUGCCCAGAAGUGAGUCCUCCCCCCUCCCACAGCAUCACAGGGGUGCUGUUGGCCCCUGCAUCAUACUCCAUCUGGACGCUGACCCUCCUCACGCAUGGGGCAGAGUGAUGGAAACAGGAAAGUCAGACAGCCAAAGCAUGGCAGAGCGCUGGGCCAGGCUCCAGGGCAGCACCUGAUGGCACAGCAUGGAUGUGGGUAUUAACAUCCCAGUGCCAGGAAACUCCCAGCCCCAUUCUCUUCCUCCUGCCAGCCUUGUGGGGUGCUGGGCACAACCUCUUGUGCCAUCUGCAUCCCAGAGACAGGUCCAGCACAGAGGGCUGGCCCAGCUCCAGCAGUGGGGCAGCACUUGGGCGCCUUGCUGGGGAUGCAGAGACCCAGCAUUGGCCUUUUGCAGCUCCCAGGGCUUGGAGGAAGGUGGGAGGAGCCGCCUGGCUCUUCCCGGUGUGCUGGGGCUCCUCCAGGCUGGGCUUUCGGCUGGGGCUGCUGCCAUCGGCUGGAACAAGCCCGCUGUUGUGCUGAUGUCCCGCCGUGGUGCUGACGUGCCUCCCCGGUGCUGGCAGCCCUCCCUGUGCUGGUGUCCCAGGACAGCUGCUCUGCUCCCUGGCUGCUGCAGGACUGCCUGCUCUGCAGGACCGGGGCUUCAGAGGAGCGCCUGUGUUUGCAGAUGACUUCAGGGUGCUGCAAAUAAAAUUACAGCCCUCUCCUGCCCUGCCGA